AUGCUAAAAAAGCCAGCGCCGCGCGCCUGUACGACAACCUGGUGUGCGUGCGAUGAGCGAGCAAAUCCUUUAAAGAUGCAACUAUCAAGUUUAUCUCAGAAGAAGAUUUCAUCUCGUUCAUUACAGAUAAAAACAAACACUGUUUCUUGUUUGAUCGGCAAUAGGUUUACGACUACGAGAGUAGUUCUCACAGAAGUAAUAUAAUUCUUUGUGCGCACGAAGUUUUUUCACAACAACUUCUACAUUUUGAUUCGAACCACAUAUUUUUAUCGGGCUGCAUCAAACUACCCUUAAAGUCAAAACAACGAAGACCUGACAAUAUAGCCUUGUUCAUCCCUCUGAAUCGGGCCAAGUGCACAGAGACAACAGAAAUAAGUUUGGAUUUCCAAAGCGAAAUUGCUAAAUUGGGCCGAGGAUUUGGGAGGCAGGGUCUAUAUGACCACUGGAUUGCGACAGAGCAUAUUAUAAUUGAGGACAACACAACAAAAAUAUUUGAUAGAACAGGAUAUUACAAUAUUUUGGAAAAGCAAGCAGAAUCUGUGCCGUUUCUAUACAUCAAGUUUGCAUUCGUUGGAAAAAAAUAUGUUGGGGAGAGAGAGUCUAUUUCUCCGCCGGAAAAUGCAUCAAAAGUGGUGCCUUCCUCAAGCACAUCUGCCAUCGUGUUACAAUAUUUCCAGCUUUGUUUUCUUCUGAAUGCUAACAACUGCGUAAGUUCAUUCGUUCUUUGCUCUGGUUUCUUCUUGUGUCCCUCGCCG